AAUGGAACAACUGCAGUACUAUUGAUAUGGUGAUGGAUAGUCAGUAUUAAAAUUGUAAUUAAUUGUAGAAAAGAGUUCCAAUAUUUGGUGUGAGGUUUCAUGUUCUCAAGUUUAACGUUGUGUUGCUAUGUGUGUACUCCCCAAAAAAUUGCAAUAUGUAGUAAACGAUUUUACUGUAAUUGGGACUUGUAUAUUGCAACUUCAUAAUUUAUUAUCUGGAUUCAUAGCACCUGGUUUUGUUAUUGGUACAUAUAGACGUGUGUGUGUGUAUAUACAUAAAAUUAUUAUUUUUACCACAAGUAUUCAAUUGAUGGAUAGAUGUUUAACGGAGACAUUUUACGGGUAAAUUAAGUAGAAUGCUAUAUAAUCUAGUACUCUCCCAUCAUGGUUCUUGAAUGAUGAACUGGUCUAAUCUUGAAAGGCAACAUCAUAUCAAGGCUAAUGGACAAUUUCAACGUAUACUUCCUGUUUACAUUCACCAAAGAACUGCCCCCUGCGCCCUCUGCUGAUGUCCCCCAACCCUCGAUGCCGUCUUUUCCUCGAGCCAACCCGGGUUUGCAUAUUGUCUCUGUUCCGUGCUCGGUGUUGUAGCCAGCAGAGGGAGCAACACAGCAAUGAAAACUAGUCUCAGACGAUGGGAGGAGGAGGAUCAAGCAAAUAAACCCUUGGGUAACGUGUGCAAAACAAGUGCUGUAAUUCUGGUAAACAUCCAGGCCUAAAGAACACAACACACCUUUUCUGGAUUGAAACCGUGAAUUAAUUCCGUGCGUGCAUCUGCGUCCUACCUCACCGGACACCUAUGAAAGCAAGCUACAGUAAAUUAAGACAAAGGCCACCCCUCCUUCACAGCUCCUCUUUGUGGGUCAGUGAUGCAGCGGGAGUGACGCAGCAACGGCAGCCGCCUCCAGCCUCCAGCCUCCAAAAAGGCAACCAUAAAGUACGGGACCGGGAAACCUCUGCCAGACCCGUGGCCCACAGGCCACUUCCAGACGGCGGGGAAGAGGGAAGAUGGUGAAGGCUUGAUCUAGGCCAAAGAGAAGCGCGGGAGCCGGGUAGUCCCUUUCCUUUCCUCCUCCUAAACAAACAGCAGAGCGACGUCCACAGGGGCGGUGACAGGCCCAGCGAGAGACCUGCGCAGAGACAUUUUGAUGACGGGGGGGUCCCUCAUGGAUAGUGCUCACUCUCACGCCGUGCUUAGCAGGCUCAACGAGCAGCGCUCACAGGGCCUCUUCUGUGAUGUCACCAUCGUGGUGGAGGACGUGAAGUUUCGGGCCCACAAGAACAUUCUGGCAGCCUGCAGCGGGUACUUCAGGAGCGCCCUGACAUCUCCUGAGACAUGGAGCUCCGGCCAAGUGCUGGAGCUGAUGGACCUGAAGUCUGACGUGUUCGCCAGCAUCCUCAACUUUAUCUACUGCUCAAAGGUGACACCACCCGGUACGCAGGACACCGGGGGCCUGGUGGCAGCUGGAAAAAGACUCGGAAUUCCUUUUUUGGAGAAGCUUGCAGAACAGCAGAGGCUGGACGAAUGCGUUCAAUCCACGGACUCCACCAAAGCCCCAAAAAAAGCAAAGCGGGAGGCUCCCAGACCGGAGGACAUUGACAAAGGGCCACGCAUCACCAACGCCUUCUCCAUCACUGAAGUGUGUCCGGGGAACACUCUUUUCCCCCCUCUGAUUCAGACCAACAGGGCGAGGCGAUCAUCAGAUGAGGGACAGCUCCCAUCAAACAGCCCGACGAGCAACAACAACAACAACAACAACAACGAGACGACGCACGCCCUCUCAGAGCACUCGUAUGCGGUGAGCACCUCUACCGAGGGGAAAGACGGCGGCGGCGGCGGCCAGUGGGACAGCAAGAAGGCCAGCGAGCCAGCGACGCCUCAGCCAAAGCAACUCGUUUACAGGAACGUUGGCCCGCUUAAAAAGCGCCACAGGCUUAGAGGAACUUUGUGCCGCAGCAUACUUCCCGCACCGGCUGAACCACAACAAGAUAAGCUGAGCACAAUCACCCCCUCAUUUGCUUACGGUGGUUCCGCAGCGCCACCGUCGCUUGUUUCCGAGGCAGAAACGGGAGAAAGAGUAGACCCCGGCAUACCUGCAGCCACUGGGAACGUUCAAAUGGACUUGGGACCACCCGCCCUCUCCCCUCAAACAGAGGACUGCAUUUCAAUUUAUGGUUGUGACCACUGUGAGGAGAUAUUCACAAAUAGAGCUCUCCUCACCAUCCACGCGGAGGUGCACAAGAAGCGUUUUGUCAGUCAUUUGUUUUGCAAGUUUUGUCACAAAAAGUUUAUACACCUCAAACGCCUGCGCAACCACGAGCUGGUGUGUCCCAAACCCGCGAGGGGCCCGCCGGAACUGGAUGCCCCCGACAUGUCCGCCGACGCGUCCGCCAGAGGGGCGGGGCUCCGUUCGCACGGCUUACCGAACGCGACGCAGCUCCCUUCGGACGGCCUCGGCACGCCUCACCCAGCGGCGCCACUUCCGGUGGACCCGCCAAAGCCUUCGCGCGUCGAGAGGGCGGCGAGGCUCGCCGGCGGUCAGAGGAGGUACAACUGCAGUGUGUGCAGACGGGUCUACGUCACCCUGUCCAGUCUGAAGCGGCACGAGAAUGUCCAUUCCUGGCAGAGGGCAUAUCCCUGUCAUUAUUGCAAUAAAGUGUUUGCGUUGGCGGAGUACCGUACGAAGCACGAAAUCUGGCACACGGGGGAGCGCCGCUAUCAGUGCAUUUUCUGCCUGGAGACAUUCAUGACAUAUUAUAUCUUAAAGAACCAUCAGAAGUCUUUUCACGGCAUUGAUCCCAGUCUCGCCGUUAAGAAAAAAUCUGCCAACGGGGGUCUGAAAGCCAGUGUUUAUCCGAUCAAACUCUACAGGCUUCUGCCUAUGAAGUUCAGAAAGAGACAAUACAAGACGUACAGCCAGACAUUUUCAGAGAGUGUUGACGACAACGACGAAGCGCCACCGGAAAGAGACUGCCUCGGCCCUCCAUUUGAGAAAAAGGGCCCGAGCGGCAACGCUGACACCGUUUCGUUCCCCCUGACUUUCAUGACCACGACGAAGAUGGUGGCCUCUGUCAUGCCUCGCAUCAGAUUCGGCAAGACGCGUGGCCGAGACGCUGACCAAAGUCCGCCCAAGGACUUGGAAAAUCAGAGAGGCACGAGAGAAGAGGACGAGGACGGAGGUUCCCUCUUCACCGACUACCACGGCACCUUGUCUUUGCAGCCCGGGUCUCCCGCUGAGGCUUACAGAGAUGAUCCUCCAGCACUGAGUCACUCGAAGCACGUCGGCCACAAUGUGCCAUUCCUAAACUCUCUGAGCACUGUUAGAAAGUUAAGUGAGUUAUCGGCUUCCGCGAAGAGAGUUGAGGACAUGACCAAGGAGAUCCUUCAGUCGAGCACUGAGAAGCUGGUGCACGAUAGAACGAUGGGGACGAAGACAGAAACAUACAUCGCCAAACCAGCCUGCCCGGGUCCAUCUGUGGAUGGUGACGCCAUGCCCCUGUGUCAGAUAACAGUGAAAAUAGGCAACGAAGCCAUGAUCCGCCGCCGAAUCAAAGGAUCCAAGCUCUUCCCCAGAAAGAAAAGGAGAAUCAGAGAACCGAGUGAGGAGGAGGAGGGCCAGAUUCAGGGUCCGAGUCAGGGUCCGCCGCCGGCGCGGGAGAACUCGGAGAGCCCCCGGCGCCGCCUGAGACAGGAAGUCGCUGCCACGGCGGCGCAGACGUCGGAGGAUCCCAAUGACUGUGACAGAGCCGAUAUGCUUUGGCGUCCUUACUACUCUUACAAAGCCAAAAAGAAAAGGAAGACGUUGAGAUUCAAGCAGGCAAAGGCCCUGUUUCACGGUUACCCUGAAGCGUCUGGAGACAGAGCGGCGCCCGGCGAGGCCCCCCUCGAUAAAAGCACUCGGCCGACGGAGGAGGGCGUGUCAGGUUGCGGUGGAGAGGUGAAGCGCGGUCUGAGCAGGAACUCCAGCCCGAGGACCACCUACAGCUGCGACAUCUGUGACAGCUCUUUCAUCACAGAGACCGGUCUCAAAGCCCACGUCAUCGGCUCCCACCCAUGUUUCUGCCGGACCUGCGGUAAACAAGGCCCCCCCGGCGAGGCACCUGCCGGUGGCGACUACAUCUGCAACCGCUGUAUGGAAAAUGGCUCCUGCUUCGAUAACACAGCCCGCAGCCCCAACCCCGAGAAGAAGUACCGCUGCUCCUUCUGUCCGCAGCGCUUUCUCUACCUCGCCACCAAGAGGAGUCAUGAGAAAAAACACCAGGAGGCACAUGAGGAGGGCUAUCAUUCCGACAACUUCUCACCGUGUUCAGAUUAUUCCGCACACCAGAGAGAGGACGGAAAACAAGGGGACGUCAAAACAGAAGACGGCGAAAACCAGGGAGCAGUUGUCGUAAAAACCGAAAGGGUAGAAGAAGGACAUUGUUACAGUGAUCAAAUUAAGCCUAAAGUUGAGGACACAAAUGACUUCAUGUCUUUGACCCACCAAGACAUGUCUGAUUCUUACAUUAAAAGUCCAUUAUCGCCUGGCAUUGACCCAAUACUUUCCCCGACAACCCCAAAGAUGAAACAUAAAAUAGUGAAAAAAGGGAUCAUUGCGCAGCAUUCUAUGCAUCUCAUCUCCCAAAAGCCGGCUUGUGACAGAGGAGGCGACAGCAGCCAGGACAUCUUGACGGGGCCAAGAACAUCCAGCGACAAUGAUCCCGAGAAGUCCUGUAGACUCUCUGGGAGAAAUGACUCUGAGACUAAAGACACCCGUGUUUCUAUACACAAGCCAGAGAAGUGGAUGUGCAAAGAAGAGCCAUUUUUUUAAAGAUCUUUGAGGACUGUGGGCGACGGUCGGCAGCAGAUGCAGUGAAAAAAAAACUCUGCAGCUAAGCUCAAAUAAAUUGUUCGGAAUCAACAGCACCAAACGCGAAGAACUGACAGAACUCGCCUGCUGUCAUUCCCUCCUGAACUCAAUGAAUAAAUAAUUUUGCACCUUUGUAGAAGAUAUAUUUGGAAGAAUGUGGGACCUUCUGAAACGGACUCUAUGCAUAUAUGUCAGACUCAGUGAAUUAACUGUAAGCAAUUGUAACCCUGAGGGUUAGGGAGUGUUGGAGAACCGAUAAGUUUCCUAGUGCGGUUACAUCUUCACUGUUUAAUACGUGUCUGGGGAACACAUUAUGAACUUCACAACAGUCACAUUUCUCAAUCUCACGUCUUGGUUAUGGUGAGUUGCACUUUAUAAAUAAACUAUGCUGUUCUGCUGGUUCAAUACUUUGAUAAUUCAAUUCCAUGCACCAUUUAAAUAAUUAUAAUUUCUAAAUUGACAAGUGGAACCAUUAAGAUUAAAGUUAGUUUUUGGUUUGAUAUGUGUAAAAUGUUGAAUAAAAUGUGUAAAACUAAUUCAAUAAAUGUUGUUGAUAUUCCAAACAGA